GAAAUGUAACCUAUUUUGAGUUACUGUCACAAACCGAGCAGAUCGCGGAAGUUAGAGGGAUCAUCGGCUAAUACAGGUGACACAGAGAGAGGGGGGGAAAGGGAGGCGAUCCAUUUCCAGACGAGUAUGUGUGUCUGUGAUGGAGAGGCAUCGGGGCUGAGGUAUCCGUCUUUCUGACACCGGCGGCGGCGGCAGCAUCACUGCCGCGCCGGGGAGAAGAGUAGGCUAUCGGUGCCGCACGGGAUCCGCCUUGCCUUUCACGGCAGUUCACUGACAGCCGCCGAAGAAAAGAGCCAUCGGGUCUGUGUGAUCUGUUGAUGCAUAGACCGUGGGUUUGGAGAGGGGACAAAGUCGGGAGGUGGGUUGGGUGAAGGUGGGCACGGAUGCGAAAGGAGAACGGAAAAAAAACCGAUUGCAUGCUGAAAUUCAGUAAUGCGUCUGCAAAACAAUGAAAAUAUUUCAAGACUUGCUGUCGGUGUGCUGUGCUGUAAAUAUCGGGCAACGACCCUUGCAUUUUUGUCAAUAACACGAGUCAAGGAGGGGUGAAACAUGUCUGCUUCCGUGGGGUCCCGCACCGGAUCCAACGCACCUACGGUUCUACCUUCAUCGCCUGAUAUACCGGACCUCAGUCAUCUCACAGAGGAGGAGAGGAAUAUCAUUAUGGCUGUAAUACUUCGUCAGAAGAAUGAAGAGGCUAUGGUAAAGCGCGAGGCUCACAUUGACGCGAGAAGCGUGUCCCUGCUUGGGAAGAAACGACCGGAGCAGGAUGACAGCGGGCGGCCGCAGCGGCCGGUCAGCAGCUCCGAGGAACCGCCGGAGCACAUGGGGGGCGGUGUGGAGCAGCGAGGGGAGCAUCAAGCCCCCACCUGCUCCAUCUGCUGCAAGACUAAGUUUGCCGAGGGUUGCGGACACACCUGCUCCUACUGCCGGACGAGGUUCUGCGCCCGCUGCGGGGGCAGAGUCUCCCUGUGCCCCGACAACGUGAUCUGGGUAUGCAACCUGUGCCGCAAGCAGCCGGAGAUUCUCACCGGAUCGGCUCGCCGGGCACCGGGGCAGGGUUCCGAUCCCUCCUUGGCGGACGUGGCCAAGAGUGACCCGGGCAUGUGCGGCGACAAGCAGGAGCUCCACAAUCCACGGAACCGUCUGUCAGAGAUCGACGCCGGACCUGACCCUGCUCGAAUGGACCCCCCCGGCUGUCGUUCCCGGAGCGAGCCCCCGAGGGGAAGGAGAUUGGCGGAGUCAGCCCCAGAGCAGAGCGAGAAGGCCAGACUUCCCAGAGAGCGGCCAAGGAAACAGCUGCAGAAGGGACACUCCCAUGAUCUCAGCCACCGCGAUGGGGAGAAGAGACCCAGCAGGGAGGACGUGCAGCUCGAGCCCCGCUACCGCAGCAGCCCCCACCUGGAGACAUGCCAGCUGGAAGAGGAAGCGAAAGCCCCCAUUGGCCGCCAGGAGCGCAGGCGCUGCCACGCAACCAAUCACAAGUCUGGUCCCGCCGAAGAGGCGGAGCUUGGAGAUGCACCUGACGGCAGACGGGGGGGUGAGAGAGAAAGGACCGUGGCCAACCCAGUCGUGUCAGCGCAGAACCAUGUCGACCCAGUAUCGCUGCACCUUAGGGAGCCCCCAGACUGGAGCAGAAGGCAGCAAGGUUGCCCCGAGCUCACAGAGGUGCAGGACCACAGGCCACAUGGUGCCCCACAUGGAAGGGCAGCCAACGUGAGCAAUGAUUCGCCGGGGAUUAACCAAUCGGAGUCCCCGCCCGUGCUCCGCCCCUGCAGGGUCAAGCGUGGAGUCAGCAAGAGGCACAUGUCUCCCAGCAGCUCAGAGGAAGAGGAGUACGCCAACUGUGAUGAAGCAGCGAUGAGCAGAACCCCUGAGAGAGGAGCCUGGAAGAGCUGUCACCAGGACACAGCACUGUGGCAGCAUCCCACAUCAUGGCAGCCGUCCAAAGAAGGCGAUCGUUUAAUCGGACGGAUCGCUCUGAGCCGCGGGACAGCUCUGUCGGCGGGGGCAGGAGGACAACUGGGCCUCAAGGUCGUCGGAGGGAAGGUCACAGAGGCGGGAGAACUGGGAGCCUUCAUCACCAAGGUGAAGAAGGGAAGCCUCGCUGACCUGGUGGGCCAUCUGCGAGCAGGCGACAAGGUGCUGCAGUGGAACGGGAAGUCGUUGGUAGGAGCCACCAAAAAGGACGUCUACAACAUCAUUCUGGAAUCCAUAAUGGACCCUCAAGUCGAAAUAGUCGUCUCAAGACCUGUCAGGCUGUAUAAAACAUAUCAAGAUGUACCAAGAAUUCAAGGGAUGUCCCCUCCAGUAGAAGCCAGAUCAGGCUCAUAUGAUUUCCCGAAAAUGGAGCCCCCAUCUCCGCCCCCCAGGUCCCCCAGCAGCGGCACACUCAGAGAUAAGCCCCAGCUGCUCCCAGGACAGCUGUCUGUGAAGCUGUGGUACGACAACGUGGGCCAUCAGCUGAUCGUCAACGUGCUACAGGCCACUGAGCUCCCUGCUCGCCCUGAUGGUCGACCCCGCAAUCCAUAUGUCAAAAUGUACUUUCUCCCUGACAGGAGUGACAAGAGCAAACGCAGGAGCAAGACGGUGAGGAAGACUUUGGCCCCCAGGUGGAACCAAACCUUCCUGUACGGCCAGGUCCAACGGAGGGAUCUCCGGGAGCGUACGCUGGAGCUGAGCAUGUGGGACCAGCCGCACGCUCGGGAGGAGGAGAGCCAUUUCCUGGGGGAGGUCCUGAUCGAGCUGGAGACGGCGCUGUUGGACGACAAGCCGCACUGGUACCAGUUGCAGGCCCGCGACGCCUCCUCGGGUCCGACGCCCCUGCCUCGCAAGUACCACCGUGGGAACGGUUCUAAUGGGAAGCUGAGGGAGUGCGGUUCUAGAGAGAGGGAGAGGUCCGGCAAUCUUUUGUCACCUGAGCCGCAGCCCAUGGCACCACAGUGGGAUGAGCAGGAUGAGCCCCCCCAGCCGGCCCCUGGCGUGAUCCUGCACAGGGCUGUCGCACACCCCCCUUCCACGGUGACCCCAACAGCCACCCGUAGAGUGAGGCAGCUGCCACAGGUGCCCGUGAAAGGCAGCUCCGUUGAGGAAGUGGUGGAGGAGCGUACCCGACAGGUGCAGUUGAAAGUCCAAUCCUAUAGGACUUCUACUACUUGCAAUACCACCCAUGACCUACAGAGGGAGCCAAAGGGCAAGCGAGAGCGCUACAGGGGUCGACGACGGAGCAGCGACAGCUUUUCAGACAGCGACAUCAGUGACAUCUCGGCCGUCUCGCGUGACAGCAGUGCCUCACGUGUCAGUAACGCCAGCUACAUGUCAGUGCAGUCGGAACGGCCUCGGGGUCGUGUCAGGUCGAAGUCUCUGGAGAGCUGCAAGGGGGUGGAGCGGAGGGAGAGGAGGAUAUCGUGGGGGACAAUUUGCCUGGACGGGGAGAAGGGCAACGGGGGCAAGAACCUCUCAAAUGAAGCCGGCAGGAGGCAUUCAGUCACGGGGGAUCUGAGCCACCCUCCGGCCGGGAGCCUCCUGAAGAGCAGCAGCAUGAGUGGGGAGAUGUACCCAUCAGAGCGCGCCGAUGGCAGCCAGUCCGACCCGGCUCCGGGGAAGCCGUCCAAGCAGCGCCGGACCAGCCUGAGCUCACGCGUGGUGGCCGCGGUGGGCCGGCCCACCCGGAGAAGCAGGAGCACCACACUGCUCAGUCAGGCAGAGGCCAAUAAGAAGUCGAAGGGUCCGAUCCAGCGGAGCCAAGAGACGGGCAUGGCAGUGGAGUACCCACGCAGCGCUGAAUCGGCCGACGGCAGCAUGAACAGCUGCAGCUCGGAGGGGAACCUGUUGUUCUCAGGUGCCCAACUGGGAGCAGAUGGUCAGUUCAGUGACUUCCUGGACGGCCUUGGCCCAGCGCAGCUGGUAGGCAGGCAGACCUUGGCCACACCUGCGAUGGGGGAUGUCCAAAUUGGCCUGAUGGGCAAGAGGGGACAGCUGGAGGUGGAGGUGAUCCGGGCCCGUGGCCUCACACCCAAACCUGGUUCCAAAUCCCUACCUGCUCCAUAUGUGAAGGUCUACCUGCUGGAGAGCGGUGUGUGCAAGGCCAAGAAGAAAACCAAGAUUGCACGGAAAACCCUGGACCCCCUAUACCAGCAGGUGCUGCUCUUUGAGGAGCCUCCUCAGAGCAAAGUGCUGCAGGUGAUAGUCUGGGGAGACUAUGGCCGAAUGGACCACAAGUGCUUCAUGGGAGUUGCACAGAUCCUAUUGGAGGAGCUGGACCUGUCCAGUACAGUGAUUAGCUGGUACAAACUGUUUCCUGCCUCCUCUCUAGUAGACCCCACCCUGGCCCCUCUGACCCGACGAGCCUCCCAGACGUCACUUGACAUUUUACCAGGUCCACUGGGUGCCCGUUCCUAGCUACCAUGCUGGAGGUUCGAGCUUGCCCACAACGGACCAGUACCAGAGAUUAACAGAACCAUCAAAUCACUCUGACAGUCAGUCUUUUAUGUUCCUCAUGUGAUUUGUCGAUUUAGUUCAUGUUCAUUAGACAUGAGUUAAAGUGAUCAGGGAACGAAAAGAGGGAAUUGCUAUGGACUUCAUGGAAUUCAGCUGAGACCUUAAGGGUUAAAGAGGUCAAAGGUCUUCAAAGUAGAAUCUUUGAGUAAACGAGUAAAUUUGAGUAAACCCUUUAUCUAGUGCGCUAGCUCUUCUCUCUAUAAUGUGGUUUAAAAGCCUUCUGGUUAGGUCCAGAUCCCCCAUCACCACCCCCAACAAAGGGGAGGGAAGCACAACUAAGCUUCACAUGUAACAAGAGUGUGAGGAGUGACCCACGUCUACCCUGCAGACUGCAGCCCAUAGCUCUCGUGUGCCUGAGUUGAUUCUUCUGGUCUUCAAUAAGUCUUGUUUUUGAUUUGAAUUCACUUCUAUUUUGUCCCAUUUUUCCCCCCAGUAGAAGAAGCACUGUACUGUAGCACUAAUCAAACUGACAUCCAUUUCGCUGGUGUAUAUCGGUGUACCUUGUGGUUGAUAUUGCUUUGUGUUUGGGGCAGUGAAACUGUGUAAGAAACUUAACUAAAUGUUAUGGCACAUAAAGGAUAUCUGUAUGUGUGUAUGUAUGGGGGGAAAAGUAUAUUUAAACCAACAGGAUCUGUAAAUAUAAGACAAUGGGGAGGUCUAUUUAGGGGAGGUCAUCGUCUUCCUGAGGUCUACCUCUUGCAGAUGAUGGCCUUGGUCAGACCACCCCCACCUUCCCACCCUUAUACUGCAGGCCGGGACCUAGCAGUGCUGGAAACUUGAAUGUUUCAGAGAGGGCCCAACCAGUGUAGCCGCAGCUGAUCAUCAGCCUCAUUAUGAACCCCCUUUCUCUGGCCCCACAUGGGGCCAGCUAUCUUCUGUCACUCGUACGGGAAGCUGACAGGUGUUUGACCAUGUGCUCCGCGGCCACACAAAGCAGUACUUCUUUGUACCAGACGUGCUUCAUAUGAACUGUACGUUUUAUAUCGAAGAGUUUCAUUUUUAUGGUUUACAAGUAAAAGAUUGU